ACCAUCGACGAUGCGCAUGUCAAAUUUGAAGAAAAUUUCUUGCUUCCAUGAAAAAACGACAAGAAUGGCGUUUGUCAGGGCUUGGGUGCUCGCGGUGACGCUGAUAGCCGUGGCCUACGCAACAGAACUUGAAGAUUCAAACGCUCCUGCAGCAGCGUCUCCGGCAGCAGCCAAAGCCUCCGAGGUACCUCCGAAGGGCGUCUCAAAUUUCGCAAAGGAGAAGGCUUUCUUUGGGUCGUAUAGGACCAUCACUAGAACAGGUGUGAGUCUCCUCACAAGUACGGUACCAGUAACAUGCUUCAGUGGCCUCACAGCAGCCCUCUGCCUCGGAAGAAAGAGGCGCAGGGUCUUCCUCGAUGGACAACUUCCCGAUCAGAAAAUGAAUUUCAUGUCUACGCCCGAGGCUGCUGGCAAGAAUGACAAGAGCACAACGCUGGACAGCAGUCAAGAAGAAAGCAAUGAAGCUGCUGUCGACGAAGAGAAUGACGGGCGUUUUGUUGGUGGACUCUAUACCAUCUGGAACAGUUCGACCACUAGCACCACAGUCACGGUGCGGUACACUGACACUGCCACUACAGUCAAAGUGUCCUACUACUGCACCAUCAAAGGCAUGGAUGUUCCUACCGUCUUCUGUUGAAUUUUAUUUGCAUCACAGCUGGUGUGUUUUGGUUUUGCACAAGAAAAUAUGAAUAGAUAUCACAGCUGCAUAUUCAGGCGUUUGCUUCAAUACACUAUGAAGAUUGAAAUGAUUGUCGAAAAUCUUCUCUGUCGCCCACCUAUCAGAAUUAUUGUAACCAAACAGCUGGUAAAUUUGUGUGUGUCGGUUUGUUUUGAACACUGCCCUCUGGCAACGAUGACCUAAUGUCUAGAACAACAAUUGGCCAAACUCUCCCCUUCUAUAGUAUAAGAACCUCAUACGAAUUGUGGCUUAAUUCAUACGUGCUGCAGUAGAUACUGGCCUGGAUCACAUACAUGUUUGACCGUAAUAUAUAGUUUUGAUGAAUGUUCGAAGAAGUAUUUUGUUUAAGUAUAGCUAAUGGUGCGGGCUUCCGUUACAAGAGAUAUUCUGAUCCAAUUGUGUACAUAUAUAGAGUGAGUUUUUUGAGUUAAUAAAUAUUGUGAAGCA